AUGGAUGCGUGGUUUGAGUAUGCGCGCGGCGUUGGCGAGGUUAUCUACAAGAUGAAGCUGCACGAGUACGAGGGUGCAUGCGCGUCGCUGCUGCUGACGGCAGCCGAAGUCGAAGCCUCGGCUGUAGCCGCCACAGAUAAUGAGGCCAGCAAGGCGAGGCGAUCCGGUACAGAAUUUCAUCAUGAACGUAGUGGCCUUGAUACCACCGUCGCCCCUUCCCCCGCAUGGGGCGCGCAUCUGCAGCCACCAGCUUUGAUGAGCUCAUCUGCUGGCAGUCUUCUUAUUCCCGUGGGUGAAACUUUUUUCAAUGUGUCCGCGACUUCAUCAGCGACCGCCGGUUCAGUUCCUUCCCGUGGCGCCGCCGCAACUCCUGACAGCAGACCAGUGGUCGAUCCGUGCACAUUGUCGAGCGCGACGACUGCGCUGAACGAAUCUUGCCGCACCCGCAACGGCAGUAUUGGUCAAAGUAAAGCGCCAACGUUGUCCUCGUCGGCGACGUACCUGUCCGCUAUCCCUGGCGACUGUAACCGCCGCGCUGUUACCCUUGCUGCUGGCGCUGCUGCGACACCUGCGGAGGCCUUUGGAGCGUUGAUGGAUGCGAUGCAGCUGCGGAAGCCGAUGCGCGCGGCGACAUCGCGCAGCCAGCAUAUCGACGACAUCCAGGUAGAGGCGGACUUUGUCUUUCAGGAGUUGGAGGAUGUCUUUACGCUACAGCCAGGAGAUGCCGCUGCCGCCGCCGCCGCUGCCGCCGCCGCCGCUGCCUCAACCGCUGGUGUCGCGCCGAGACCCUCCCCGACGCUGCCGAGCUCCGCGCAGACUCGCUGUCAGCCUACUGAAAACGAGGAGGAGCACGGCGUCGCAGCAGCGCAAUCCAGGCCUCUUCCAGCGCCACCACCCGCCUCCGUCGCCGAUAGCAGCGAGCGCCACCUCCUCUACGGCGAGCUGACCUCCGUCGGAGUACGGCAGCUGCAGGCGAUCAGCAUGGUGUCCAGCUGCGUGGUGCGCGAGGAGCACGGACGCUCGAGCUCGCGCGAUCACGGGAUCGGCGGAGCCGGCCUCUCCGUCAACCCCUCGACAAAGGUGGCCUGUUCGCGCGACAGCUCCUCAGCGCAGGCGUUCGGCUCCACACCGCCGGUGAACCACAAUGUGAGCGCUCCAUUAUCUUGCACUAGGGACCAUUCCCAUGGUCACGGGCACACUUCUCGAGGUGCUGUCGUUGUCGCGGUGGAUGUGGGCAGCGGUAACGGACGCCUGCUCUUCGAGUGGGGCCGGUUAGCGGCAGCGGCGUGCCGUCGCCCGCAUACUUCGUCACCACCGCGAUACUCGGACGAGGGCUCCACGCUCGUCAGCGCAGCACCGACGUCUGUGACGCUGCACUCUACCACGAGCGCUGCGGGGAGCACCACGGCGGAGAUGACGCAAGCAGCAUCGAUGCGCUUCCGUAAUCUGCUUGCAGCGGCCUACGCACCGCUAGGAAUCGCGAGCCCCGCGACGGUGUGGCACGGGUGGCUCGGCGUCGGCAUUGAGGUGGUGCCUUCUCGCAUGCGCAUCGCUCGAAAGGCGCUGAUGCCGCACUACCUGAACCUAAGGCAGGCCUUGGUGGUCCCUUCGGCCGGUGGCAGCGUGUCAGCCCCCGUCACCCACCUGGACCCGUGCCCUCUCGAGGCCACCGUGGCUACUGACACUUCUGCGUCGUGCAGUCCCUCCGCCUCGCUGCAGUCGGGCGUUGCCACUCAUACCACCAUCAUCAGAUCGGUGGUAGGGUCGCCAGCGUCGACGGGCACUUCGGUCGCCAUGGCACCGGGGUGCCGGGUGCCGCAGCCGUCUGCGCGAGUGCUGCUCUACGAAGGUGAUGCCUUGGCUCCUGGCGUGUUGUCGAACACGACGCUGUGCCGAUUUCCAAGCCCCAACCACCACAUUGCGCCUCUGCCACUGUGCGAGUCCUACGCCGCGCGCGACGACGGCGGAGGCGUGCAGGGCUGGGGCGCAGACAGCGGCAGCUUCCGGUGCACAGCAGCAUUGACCGCCAGCGUGUCGGCCACGGCGGCAGCGAUGAACGGGCCCGGCCUUUUCAACAGCAUUUGCAGUGACGCGCACGAACCGGGGGGCGCCCGGCCGCCGGCGAACAUGAGUUUGGCCUCCAUCACGACUGCCAGCAGUGACUGUUCCGCUCGCCCCCGACCACUGGAGCAAAACUACUACCUCCUGUGCAGCGUUGAGGGCGGCCCGUUGCUCACCGGGAGGGAGGAGCCCCACUUGGUGGUCUUCUGCUGCGGGCUUGGCUUUGAUGAGGCGCAAGUGCGACGACUGUGCCAGCGACUAGAGGACAUGCUGCUGUACCGCUCUGCCACGGCAGCGGAGACGACACCGUCCUUCGUCGGAAGCGCCCCGAUGACGUACCAACAACUCAGUAAGGACGCAAACAGCUCUCCAUUGCACCACACUUGCCACCACCACAACCGCAUGCCGCAGGGCGAGGACGGGGAGGCCGCGGCGUCGCCAGCCGAGCGCGCUUCUCCAUCCCUGACAUCCUCCGAUAAGAGCAAGGAGGAGAACAUCGAGACCCGAUUCGGAAUUCAACCGAUGACAUCGACCGCGGCGGACCCAGUCAUCGGCGUCGAUACGGGCAUUGGCGCCGGCUUCGCCUCGCAUCGGCACUGGGAGAGCGUUACCUGUGUGCUGCUACUGCGCCCGAUGGAUGUUCUUUUGCCGACCUUUCCGCUCUUCCGCUACGCCCGCCGCGUGUACGACACCGUCUGUCAGCCCAUCGCGGCGGAAGACACAGCACUGCUGCUCUCCACGGGACGCCGCUCUGAUGGCAGCUCAGUGCCGUUCAGCGUGCGUGCCACUCCGCCGUUGGAGCACCUUCCUGAGUCGUCCGUCGCGGGUGGCAUUGUGGACAGCGACUUGUGGAGGACUACGCUGGAGACGACUUGGAUGAACGCGGCGCCGGCAUGGGUGGUACGCUUCCACUUUUGA